CCUGUACCGCUACAAGCACCCCUCGGACCAAGAGCUCUGCGCCCUGGCAGGGAAGCAGCACCCCAAGACCAAGCGGGACAGGAGGGUGAACGGCAUGGCCGAAGACAAGCCCCUCUCUGUGCCCCGGGACAUCAACCUCCGCCUGGACACCAGCCCCAUCACUGCCAUGGAUGCUCUUGUGCUGCGUUAUUUCCUGGAUUAUCAGUGGUUCGUGGAUUUUGCUGUCUACUCCACCGCUGUGUACGUCUUCACCGAGGGCUACUACUGCCUGGUGGACCCCCAGAAGGAGAUGAACAUUGGAGUGCUCUGGUGCCUGCUGACCAUCGUCUUCUCCAUCAAGGUCUUCUUCAUGGUAAUGCGUCAUUACUUCCGCUCGGAGGAGGGGGGUGAGCGCUCCGUCUGCCUCACCUUUGCCUUCUUCUUCCUCCUCCUCGCCAUGGUGGCCCUGGUGAUCCGGGAGGACUACCUGGAGUUCGGCCUGGAGCCCGGUCUGGCUGGUGUCACCAACAACCUGGAGAGCACCCUGAAGCAGUGGGGCUGGGAGUGGAUGCUGCCUCUGGCCAAGCUGGGCUUCAAGCUGGGGCUGGUGGCCCUCUGCUCCUUCCUGGGUGCCUGCCUGACCUUUCCUGGGCUGCGCCUGGCCCAGACGCACCUCGACGCGCUGCGGAUGGCGGCCGACAAGCCCCUGACCCAGGUCCUGCUCCACCUGAGCUUCCUGGCACCUGUCCUGGUGGUGGUGAUGUGGAUCAAGCCCAUCUCGAGGGACUUCCUGCUCCACGCGCCCAUGGGCAAGCAGACGGUGCAGAUCUUGUCGGACUCUGCCUACAACACGGCGCGGCUCUGGAGCAUAGUUGGCCUCUGCCUGUUGCGCCUGGCCGUCACCCGCCAUCACCUCCAGGCCUACCUGGUCCUGGCCGAGCGCUGGGUGGAGCAGAUGAGGAAGGAGGCUGGGCGCAUCACCGCCCUGGAGAUCCAGCGCAAGAUCACGAGGAUUUACUGCUACGUCGCUGUGGUCAGCCUGCAGUACCUGGGACCCAUCAUCCUCACCCUCCACUGCACGCUGCUGCUCAAGACACUGGGGCACCACUCAUGGGGGCUGUACUCGGAGCCACCUCCCCUCCCUGUGGCAGCAACCGCGGCACCGCUGCAUCCCAGCAGUGAGGAUGAGGAGGACGUGCGCGCUGCGGUGGAGCAGAUCACUGGCGUCUUAGGUGGCAUCUUCACCCCUCUCUUCUUCCGUGGACUCUUCGCCUUCCUCACCUGGUGGGUGGCUGCUUGCCAGGUCGUCACCAGUCUCUUUGGCCUCUACUUCCACCAGUACCUGGCAGCCUCCUGA